UACGCUGUGACAUACUAAAACAACAUUUGGAUUAGUCGUAAUGAAUUAUUCAUGAUGUAUAUACUUUAGAACUAGACCUCUUUACAAUAUGGCCUAUGCACUACGUCCACAAUCGUCUAGAGGAGCUCAAGUACAAAAGAGAUGUGACCUUUGUGAGACUGACACAAACAUUCAAUACAGGUGUGUGCAGUGUCAAAAAUACAUGUGUGAAAAGUGUAAGAAAAAUCAUUUAAAGUUGCAAACUUAUGUCAAACAUGAGAUAAUAAGUAUACGGUCUAUUAAUAAUGUUCAGGAUACUUCAAGUAAUAUAGUAACAGACAAAAUUUCUUGUGGCAGACAUAAAAGCAAGGAAUGUAUAAAGUACUGCUUUGAUUGUAUAGAACUUGUGUGUGAAAAUUGUAUUGAUAAGACUCACAGAAAGCAUAAUCUAAAAGAAAUCAACGACGGCUGUUAUUAUGAAAUAUUUAACACUCAAGGACGACUUUCAAAGGAUUUAUGGUUCUGUGAAUACGAGUCAAAACAAUUACAAAAUCCAGCUCAAUUGUGUAACUCGUCAUAUGACAAUGUGAAACGGAAAAUAGACGUAAGAGAAAAAGAGAUGAAAGAAGAAAUUGAAAUGUAUGCAAAUCAAUUGCGUGCUCAAAUUGAAACCAAAAAAGACAAUUUUGAGAAACAAAGAAAAACAUUUGAAAAGAAAACUAAAGACAUAAGAGAUAUUUUAAGUGACAAAGAUUCGGAUUUGAAUAUAGCACUGAAUAGGAACAGAGCAGACAAAAUAAUAAAUGCCAUAAGAGAAAUUAACAAUAAUCUUCCCAAUUUAGACUUCCAUCCAUUACCACAGGAAUUUAGUGAUUUCAUGUCAGGGGACAUAUCUGUGUCCGAAAUAUUUGGAUCAGUCCAGUCAAAACCAAUAACAAAUGAACAACAACAAUAUUGACUUCCAAGUUGUUAAGAGCUAUACCACUGAGUUAAACAGUGUGCAUAGAAUGUUAUCAUUGGACAACAAAACAGCUUGGAUUUCUAGCUAUGACAUCAAUACGCUAAGUAAAAUAAACUUUGAUGACAAGAUAAGAACUGUAAAGGACAUAUCAGCUGAUGUUUAUGACAUGUCACUUACAGCAAGGGAAGAUAUGCUCCUGUCUUUGUAUGGCAGUACUGAU